UCCUCCCUCUUUCCUUGAACCCGGUGCCAAAUCCAGAAGCAAAGCCAGGCUCUGAUUUGCUGCUGCUCGCAUCCUUUUCCCUCCCAGGCUUGCAAGGUAAGCAGGCCAAGGGUUGAGAGAAAGAGAGGGAAGGAAGGAAGGGAAGAAAGAGAGAGAGAGAGAAAGAAAGAGGCUGUCCCUGUGCUGCCUCUGACGUAGAGCUGACACACAGAGAGGGCUUUGGCUUGGCCUCUCCUCCUGAAUAUUCAUGGCCGCUGGACGCCAGGCGGAUGGACGUAGGGAAGGCCACGGCAGAGUGGCAUGGACUUCCCUUCACCAGCUGACCGCUUUGUGACUCCCCAGCCUCUCUCCUUGCCUUAGUUUUGGCUCUUUCUCUUGUUCUGGGGCUGCACAAGAAGCAAGCAAGGGGCCCCAGCCCGGGGCCGGGGUGCCCUAGAUCUGGGGCCAUGGGAAGGGGUCAGCGCGCAUGACCUCUGGGGAGAAGAAAGGACUCCCCCACUUUCGCCUUGGGAACCGCACCACAACAAAAGGAAGGAGCGCCAAACGAUAAGGCGGAAAUCAGUCUGGGAAGAGCAGGAGAGGAGGGUCGGAGCCGUGCUGUGUGUGAGACAAAAGAUGGCUUCUUCCCAGCUGCCUCCGGGUUCUUCUUCACUAGGAGAUGGGGCCACGGCAGGAGGACCCUUGCAGGCCUCGGCGGAAGCGGACGAAGAUGCAGGGGAGGCCUUUGAUUUCGAGGAGAGCGAAGAGGAGGAGGACGAAGAAGAGGACGGCACGCGCCUAGUGGUCAGCGGUGCCCGGACGGAGCUGGGCUGCAGGGGAGCCCUCCAAGACCCCCCUCCCAGGCGCAGGUCCAGCAUCAGCGACGACCUGGAGCCCUUGGACGAGUGGGAGGCCGAGGAGGCACUCCUCGAGGACCGGAACCCCCUGCUGACCUCCUCAGAUUCUGGCAGCCAUCUUGAUCCUUUUGGUUCCCAAACACAGACAGAUGUUCUGGGCUUUGUGAGCAAUGGAGACGUUGGGACACCUCAAACCGGGACGCGGGCCUACAGCUGGAAAAGGAAGAGCUUCCGCCGAACCAAGUCAACAGGUGGGCAGGUUGUCCCUGCUGCUGCUGAAGAAGAUGUGAUCUAUGAUGACGUCCCUUAUGAAAACGUGGAGCCGGAGCACCGUGAUUCAGACCGAAACCUGAUUUACGAAGAUGUCCCUCACGACAACAAGGAGCCGCCGGAGGCCGAGGAUCUAGGAUGGAGCUCCAGUGAGUUCGAAAGCUACAGCGAAGACUCGGCGGAUGAGAACAAGCUGGAGGCGGAACCGGCCAAGCCGAAGGUCUCCUUCCAGCCAAAGCAGCUUUCUCCAGACCUCCAUAGGCUCAAGGAGAGAUACAGCAGGACCAAGAGAGACAUCUUGGCUUUGAAAGUCGGGGGGAGAGACAUGCAGGAACUGAAGCAACGCUACGACUGUAAGAUGACGCAGCUGAUGAAGGCCGCCAAAAGCGGCACCAAGGAUGGCCUGGAGAAAACCAAGAUCGCCAUGAUACGGACUUUCCUGCAUAAGAAAGAAACCCCAGGAGACGGCGAGCCAAGCAGGAGCGUCCCAGACGUAGGACGGAAGCGCUCCUUGUCCUGGACCGGGGAACUCUCCAGGGCCCAAAAGCCCGGCUCCGAGAUCGGUGAUUCCGAAGAGGAAGAGUUGGGAUUCCUGGAGGUCCAGGAGACGGAUAUGAAGCAGCUGCUUCCAGAGUUGGGCCCAAUGCCUGAAGGACUAAGUCCUCAACAGGUCAUUCGGCGGCACAUCCUCGGCUCUAUUGUGCAAAGCGAGAGGAGCUACGUCGAUUCCUUGAGGCGCAUCCUGCAGGAUUACAGGAACCCUCUGAUGGAGAUGGAGCCCAAAGUGCUCAGCGCCAGGAAGUGCCAGGUGGUCUUCUUCCGGGUCAAGGAGAUUCUCCAGUGCCACUCCAUGUUCCAGAUCGCCCUGUCCUCCCGGGUGGCGGAGUGGGACACGGCGGAGAAGAUCGGCGACCUCUUUGUAGCCUCGUUCUCCAAGUCGAUGGUGCUGGACGUGUACAGCGAGUACGUCAACAACUUCACCGGCGCCAUGUCCCUGAUCAAGAAGGCCUGCCUCACCAAGCCUGCCUUCCUGGAGUUCCUCAAGAAGCGGCAAAUGGGCAGCGUGGACCGGGUCACUCUCUACGGACUGAUGGUGAAGCCCAUCCAGAGGUUCCCUCAGUUCAUCCUCCUGCUCCAGGACAUGCUCAAGAACACACCGAAAGGCCAUGCGGACCGGCUGUCCCUCCAGCUGGCCCUCACCGAGCUGGAGACCUUGGCGGAGAAACUGAACGAGCAGAAGCGGCUUGCUGACCAACUGGCCGAAAUCCAGCAGCUGACCAAGAGCAUCAGCGACCGCAGCAGCCUCCACAAGUUGUUAACCUCGGGUCAGCGCCAACUGCUGCUCUGCGAGACGUUGACCGAGACAGUUUAUGGCGACCGGGGCCAGCUCAUCAAGUCCAAGGAGCGGAAAGUCUUCCUGCUGAACGACAUGCUGGUCUGCGCCAACAUCAACUUCAAGGGCCAGCUUGAGAUCAGCAGCCUGGUCCCUCUGGGCCCCAAAUACAUUGUGAAGUGGAACGCGGCCCUCCCUCAGGUCCAGGUGGUGGAGGUCGGCCAGGAGGGCAGCGGUGGCAACAGCGGAGCUCAGGAGAAGGACCACCUGGUGGUCCAGAACGUGGCCUCCAAGCGGCACAUGCCCAGUAGCCAGGCCUCCACACACAAUAAAGUCUACCUGGGCCCCCCUCGCCUCUUCCAGGAGCUCCAGGACCUUCAGAAGGACCUUGCGGUGGUGGAACAGAUCACGCUGCUCAUCAGCACCCUCCACGGGACAUACCAGAACCUGAACAUGACGGUGGCCCAAGACUGGUGCCUGGCCCUCCAGCGACUGGUGCGGGUCAAGGAGGAAGAGAUCCACUCGGCCAACAAAUGCCGCCUCCGCCUCCUCCUCCCCGGAAAACCAGACAAGUCUGGCCGGCCCAUCAGCGUCAUGGUGGUCUUCAUCACCCCGAACCCGCUCAGCAAAAUCUCCUGGGUGAAUCGCUUGCACUUAGCCAAAAUCGCCCUCCGGGAAGAGAACCAGCCCGGCUGGCUGUGUCCCGAGGAAGACAAGAAGAGCAAGGCUCCCUUCCGCUGCCCCAUUCUGGUCUGCCGCUUCUUGGCCUUCUCUUCCAGAGCCCUGGACUUACAGCUGGGUGCCGCUGUCCACAGUCCGGUCCAUUCUUCCUUGCUGGGUUUCUCUGCCGUCAGCACGUCUCUCCCUCAAGGCUACCUUUGGGUUGGUGGAGGCCAAGAUGGGGCCGGUGGACAAGUGGAGAUCUUCUCCUUGAACCGUUGUGUGCCUCGGACGGUCAAGUCCUUCCCGGUGGCCUCCCGCGUCCUAUGUGUGGAGUACAUUCCGGAGCGGAACGAAGCGGAGAAGGAAGAGGAUGGCUCCCCAACCGCUGCUGACCAAACCUUGCCGGCACAGCCCGCCAUAUGCCUCGGUCUGCAGGAUGGGAGCAUCCUGGUUUACGGCAGUGUGGACACCGGGACGCAGUGCCUGCUGACGGACAAAAGCCCCGGGCACCAGCCGGUCCUCUGCCUGAAGCACAACGCCGAUUACGUCUUUGCCGGCCUGCAGGACGGGACCGUUGCCGCCUUCCUCAGGAGCAAUGUGGCCGGGGGACUCUGGGAUGCCAACGUCGAGCCUACUUUGCUGACGGUCGGACUGGCGCCGGUGCGGACGCUGCUCACGUUGGACGACGCUUUGUGGGCCAGUUGCGGGAACCAGAUCACCGUCUUCGACGCCGCCAGCCUCAAAGCGCAGCAAACCUUUGAGGCCCACCCGGAGGCGGAGGCCAGCGUGACACAUGCCAUCAAGGCCGGCAGUGGGGUCUGGAUGGCAUUCCUCCUGGGCUCCUCCAUCCGCCUCUUCCACACUGAGACCCUGGAGCUCCUGCAGGAGAUCAACGUGGCCACCAGGACCACCUUCGCCCUUCCAGGUCAGAAGAACGUCCGUGUCACCAGCCUCCUCAUUUGCCAGGGCCUCCUCUGGGUCGGCACCGAUUUGGGCAUCCUGGUCCUGCUUCCCGUUCCCCGAUUGGAAGGCAUCCCCAAAAUCACAGGGAAAGGCAUGGUCUCCCUCAAUGGCCACUGUGGUCCCGUGGAGUUCCUGGCAGUGGCCCUCAGCACCUUAGCGCCGGACAUCUUGAAGAGCGACAAGGAGGAGGAGGACCCGGCGGCCGAGGCCCCUUCGGAGGAGGAAGCGGAGGGGUCCGAGGGGACCGAGAGCCACCAUUUAUCAAGGGGACCGAGGAAGAAGGGGGUCCUCCUGCAGUACCGCCUCCGCUCCACCUCCCACCUCCCGGGACAGCGACUCUCGAUUCGGGAAGCCUCUCCAGGCCCAGGAACCCCCGCUGAGCACACUGAGGAGGACGGCUCCGUCUACGAAAUGGCUGAUGACCCGGACGUCUGGGUGCGGAGCCGGCCGUGUGCCCGGGAGGCCCACCGGAAGGAGAUCUCCUCGUUGGCCGUGGUGUCUGGUGGGAGGGGAUACCGCAAUGUCAACCCCAAUGGGAAGCUGCCAACCAACAGCGAGACAGACAGCACCCUGCUCAUGUGGCAGGUGCCUUUGAUCCUAUAGCAUAUGCCAUCCCCCUCUACCCGUCUGGACAGUUGCAACACACAAAGGCCUUGUUUCCAGGUGAGUAGGGAGUCCAUGCCAGGCUUUUUGGAGAGCAGCACAGUCUGGUGGAAAACAUGGAGUGGAUUCCCUUUACCUACUGACAUGGAAGGUAUCUUUUUUGGGGGAAAAUGGACUCCUUCCACUUUCAGAUCUUUCACCCUCUUUGGAUACAGAGCUCCCCAAGGUCCUGACUUGAAUUCAGCCCUGAGGAAAACAUGAAGUGGAUUCCUUUUCCCUACUGACAUGGAAGGUAUCUUUUUUUUUUGGGGGGGGGGGAAAUGGACUCCUUCCACUUUCAGAUCUUUCACCCUCUUUGGAUAUAGAGAUCUCCAAGGUCCUGAAUUGAAUCCAACCCUGAGGAAAACAUGGAGUCGAUUCCCUUUCCCUACCGACCUGGAAGGUAUCUUUUUUGGGGGGGAAAUGGACUCCUUCCGCUUUCAGAUCUUCCUCCAUCUUUGGGUAUAGAGCUCUCCGAGGUCCUGUCUUAAAUUCACAUCAAGAUAUAGAGCUCUCUGAGGUCCUGGCUUAAAUUCAACUGCGAGGAAAACAUGGAGUGGAUUCCYUUUCCCUACYGACAUGGAARGUAUC